GUCGCGUUACCCGAUCACGUCCCCAUGGGGAGAAAGAAGUCUUUGGACCCGGCAUCUGGUCGAAGAGUCCCUCGCGCAAUCGCCAGCGAGAGAGAGGGAGAGCGAGAGAACGACCGUUCGAGACGAGGCUGACGUUUCCGCAAGGGGAACUACAGAAGAAGAAGCCACUGCCAAGACGCGUCAACUCGGGUUGGGUGGAAUUGAUGGUUAGGGGCUACAGUUACUGUUCACGCUUGGACCGGGAUUUGAGGUUUACAAGGGGUUGCAAGUCGUCGCGGUGUUCUCGUCGUGGUCCGCAACUUACUUUGGCUUCGUUACGCAAGACACUCACUAUACCAUAUCCUGCUAUCGAGCUUCUUCACCGGUGAGCGGGACAGUGUGAUAGGAAGUGCUGGACAUGACGUGACCUGUCUCGUUCGGUGCAUUUCAACUAUGGCAAGAUCAAUCGAUCAAGGAAUUAUGCUUGUGGCGAUCUUAUAGCGCAGAAUUGAAGCUGUGUGCAUUCAGGUUGGUUGUCUUUGUUAACAUCUAUACUCUUAGGACUUUGGUAUUCAAGAUUGCUUAGUGCGGCACCUGAACAAUUGUAGCAAUAGCGCUGUAGUAGCACCAAAGAUGUCGGCCACUCCACCAACGUCGGGGGGUGUUCCGCCUGUGGUGUCCCCUCCUACUCCUAAUGCAGUUCCUCCGGUUGCUGUGAACCCUCCUGUGGUUCCUCCACCCGUUGCCACACCUCCGACUAUUCCUCCGGCAACUCCUGUGGUAAACCCUCCUACAGCUACUGUGCCACCUGCUGCGACUCCUCCUGUUCCAGUUGCUGUACCACCCACUGCGACCCCUCCUGUUCCAGUUGCUGUGCCACCUGUUGUGAGUCCACCUCCUCCAGUUGCUGUGCCACCUGUUGUGAGUCCACCUCCUCCAGUUGCUGUGCCACCUGUUGUGAGUCCACCUCCUCCAGUUGCUGUGCCACCUGUUGUAAGUCCACCUCCUCCAGUUGCUGUGCCACCUGUCGUGAGUCCACCUCCUCCAGUUGCUGUGUCACCUGCUUUGAGUCCUCCUGCUCCAGUUGCUGUGCCACCUACUUUAAGUCCUCCUCCCCCAGAUGCUUUGCCCCCUUCUGUGAGUACCCCUCCUCCACCUGCCUUGAGCCCGCCCUCACCAACGAGUUCUUCUCCACCCCAACCUACUCCUGUUCCUCCCAGUGCCCCAGGAGGGACGCCCCCUUCACCCAUUUUGUUGAGUCCUCCUCCUGCAGUGAAUAGAACUUCUCCUCCUGCUGCUCUUACCCCUCCAGCUUCUACAUCGUCUAAUUCAAGUAGUACGGCAAUAAUAGCUGGAGUUGUAGGUGGAGGAGCUUUACUCGCCUUAGUCGCAUUGGUUCUUCUCUUUGUCUGUUGCAGAAAGAAGAGAUCCAGAAAAGACACUCUUCCUUAUAUCACUCCACAUGGAGGUGGUAUCCAUGGGGCUGGAAAGAUUGCAUCAGCUUAUAAUGCGACUGGGACGAGUGAUUUAAAAGGCUAUGCGGUGGACGGAAAUCCUACGGUGUAUCCUCCUGGAUCCGUACCCUUACCUCCAGAAGGCGUAGCAAGCGUUGGAAAUUCUAGGAUUUUUUUCACAUAUGAUGAGUUACACAAAGCAACGAAUGGCUUUGAUCAUGGGAAUCUUUUAGGAGAAGGUGGUUUUGGUCGUGUAUACAAGGGCGAACUGCCAAAUGGAAAAUUAGUUGCCGUGAAGCAGCUGACUGUUGGCGGUGGUCAAGGCGAUCGUGAAUUCCGGGCUGAGGUUGAGAUUAUCAGUCGAGUUCAUCAUCGUCACUUGGUAUCUCUCGUAGGAUACUGCAUUUCCGACAAGCAGAGGCUACUUGUUUAUGACUUCGUACCUAACGGUACUUUAGAUGUGAAUCUCUAUGGGAGAGGGAAGCCAGUUAUGACCUGGGAUUUGAGAGUGCGUGUUGCCUUGGGAGCUGCUCGGGGGUUGGCAUAUCUUCAUGAAGAUUGUCAUCCUCGCAUUAUCCAUCGUGACAUCAAGUCUUCGAACAUACUUUUGGAUGACAAAUAUGAAGCUCAGGUUGCUGAUUUUGGGUUGGCUAGGCCAGCGUCUGACACAAAUACUCAUGUUUCAACUCGCGUGAUGGGGACUUUCGGAUACCUGGCUCCAGAAUAUGCUCAGAGUGGCAAGUUGACAGAAAAGUCAGAUGUCUACUCCUUUGGAGUGAUGCUAUUGGAGCUUAUUACUGGGCGAAAACCUGUUGAUACACGGGAUCCCAACGGAGCUGUGAGCUUGGUAGAAUUGGCACGACCAUUAAUGACAAAAGCAAUGGAGGAUGGAGAUCUAGACGAGCUUGUUGACCCCAGGUUGGGCGAUAACUAUGAUCCCAAAGAGUUGUUCCGAAUGAUCGAAGUAGCUGCGUCUUGUGUACGUCAAACAGCUAAUAAGCGACCCAAAAUGGGGCAGGUUGUUAGAGCUUUGGAAAGCGAAGAGGAGAAUGCCGGUCUUUAUCAGAAUCUGAAACCUGGACACAGCUCCGAAUACGAAUCGGAGUUUGACAGGUAUGAAGGUUCCAACUACGAUACUCAAGCGUACCUUGCUGACUUGAAGCGAGGGAAGAAAUCCAACCCAAGCGACAUAUCGUAUGAAAGUGAUGAUACUAGUGAAUAUCCUACCGAAUCAGUUCCAAGUUCUAGCGGUGAGUAUGAGUCAAUGAUCAGACCCAAGACAGAGCCUAUGGGACGUGCCAAUAUGGGGAAGGAGCGUGGCCCAAUUUCAAUGAGGACGGACAGAGGAUUUUCUAUGACCGGUAGAGGCAGUCGGUCUGAAAAUUACUCAGUUUUGCCAAGUAUGCCUCCUACAAGACCUGCGCCUCCGAGACCUGACAGUAGCAGCGAUCAAAGUGGCAGCUUAAGAUCUGAUACAGUGUUCAAACCUCCACCUCCUCCACCAAAUUACAAUGAGGAUUAUGUUUCUAUUGAUUUUAACUCCAUUGAAAGUAAGAAAGAAGACCGCAGGAGGUUUAUGGAAUAAUGAUCAGGUUAUUUUUCUGCUGUGCAAUGAGGGCCUCGCAAGUGUAAGACCUUCCUGUACCUGGUCGUGGGGUACUCCUUUCUCUGCCUGCCUGAAGUGUUCAUGACAGGAGAGCUUUCGUAGAUGCACUACGCUUGGUGGAAUAUCAAAAGGUAGAGAAAUCGCAAAGAAAUGAAAUCAUCCAGGCAUGCGUUUUUGAACGCGACUUAGUGUGAUCAUGCUCAAUUUAGAAGAUAGAUGCAUCAUUCUUUUGGAUGAGGGUAAAAGUCGUUUGUUGUAGAUCACAAGUGCUGUAGCAUUCAAGGACAGUUUUGUAGUGUCGAUUUUGUAAAUUGCUCUCAUGAUCGUAGUGCUCAGGGUGGCUUUGUUUCAUAAUUCUUUGUACCAGUAGUCUAUUUCUAGUUCACAAUAUCAAUUCAUCUGCAAGCUCAAUUGCAGCUUUUAUACAAGUGUAAA